AUGAACGCCGCAGGCAGCAGCUUCCUCGUCAUCGUCGGUGACUUCAACAUCCUCCAUACCGGAUGGGGCUACAAACACUGCUCUGAUGCCGGUUGCAACCUUUGGCAGGACUCUCACGACCUCGGCUUCAUUCUCAUCACUUUCACCACGCGCCUCGGCACCUCCGCUAUCCGCGCCUGCAUCGUCCUCGCCCUGGCCACCAGCGCUAUCGCUGGAUUCGUCGGCACUACCGGAUACAGCGUCGGCCUGGCUGCUGCCCCAGCCGUCACCACCGUUGCCCACGCUGCUCCAGUUGCCACCUAUGCCGCUGCUCCAGUCGUUGCCACCGCUCCAGCUGUCACCAAGGUUGCCACCACUUACGCAGCUGCCCCAGCUUUCGCCACUGUGGCCCACGCCCCAGUCGCCACCGCUGUUGUUGCGCCAGCCGUCGCCUCCUACGCUGUUGCUCCAGCCGUGACUCGCGUCGCCACCGUUGCCCACGCUGCCCCAGUCGCCACCUACGCCGCUACCCCAGCUGUCGCCACUGUUGCCCACGCCCCAGUCGCCACCGCUGUGGCCGCCCCCGUCGCCACCUACGCCGCUGCUCCAGCCGUCGCGGCUGUCCACGCUGCCCCAGCUGUUGCCACCACCACCGUACACCACGCCCCAGCUGUCGCCACCGUUGCCCACGCUGCCCCUGUUGUCGGUGCUUACCACGCCGCUCCCGUCUACGGUUACGGCGUCGGCACUCUUGGUUACGGCGUUGGCCACUACGGUUACGGCCACGGUCUCCUCGGCUAUGGCCUGAACUACGGCUACGGUCUUGGCUCUCCCUUCGACUACACCACCCUCCUCCGCAGGAAGAAGUGUGAGUUCCGUAAUCUCUUUGAACCGAUCCGCGCCUGCAUCUUCCUCGCCCUGGCCACCGGCGCCUUCGCUGGCUUCGUCGGCACUACCGGAUACAGCGUCGGCCUGGCUGCCGCCCCAGCCGUCGCCACCGUUGCCCACGCUGCUCCAGUUGCUACCUAUGCCGCUGCUCCAGUUGUUGCCGCUGCUCCAGCUGUCACCAGGGUUGCCACCACUUACGCCGCUGCCCCAGCUGUCGCCACUGUUGCCCACGCUCCAGUCGCCACUGCUUUUGCUGCCCCAGCCGUCGCCUCCUACGCCACUGCUCCAGUCCUGGCCGCUGCUCCAGCUGUGACCAAGGUUGCCACCACUUACGCCGCUGCCCCAGCUGUCGCCACUGUUGCCCACGCUCCAGUCGCCACUGCUUUUGCUGCCCCAGCCGUCGCCUCCUACGCUGUUGCUCCAGCCGUGACCCGUGUCGCCACCGUCGCCCACGCUGCUCCAGUCGCCACCUACGCCGCUGCCCCAGCGGUCACUGCUGUGGCCCACGCCCCAGUCGCCACCGCUGUGGCCGCCCCCGUCGCCACCUACGCCGCUGCUCCAGCCGUCGCUGCUGUCCACGCUGCCCCAGCUGUUGCCACCACCACCGUUCACCACGCCCCAGCUGUCGCCACCGUCGCCCACGCUGCCCCUGUUCUUGGUGCUUACCACGCCGCUCCAGUCUACGGCUACGGCGUCGGCACCCUCGGAUACGGCGUUGGCCACUACGGCUACGGCCAUGGUCUCCUCGGCUAUGGCCUGAACUACGGCUACGGUCUUGGCUCUCCAUUCGACUACACCACCCUCCUCCGCAGGAAGAAGUAAAUCCCUGGUGUACCCGAAAGUACUACAGUUGUUUUCACAGACAAAACUAUGUGUACAUAUCGCUUUUGCAGCGUGCUUGGAAGAGUCUAUUCGCUGAAAUAAAACUAAA